GCUGUUCUUUCCCCACCACGUUCCUGGGAUUCCUGGAAGCCGCCGGGAUGACGCAGGCGGAGCUGCGGCUCUGCUCCCUGCUGCUCCAGGAGCACUUCGGGGAGAUCGUGGAGAAAGUCGGGAAUUCCCUGCUCCGGACGGGCCCGCGGCCGCUGCGGCUCCUGGUGGGCGACACGGGGCUGCUCCCGGAUCAGGUGAAGAAGGCCCUUUGUGUCCUGCUCCAGCACGACCUGGUGCGGUACGAGGUGCAGCCCCGCGGAUCCGUGGAGUACGAGGCGCGGAGCGAGCGGAUCCUGCGGAUCCUGCGCUACCCCCGCUACAUCUACACGGCCAAGACGCUCUACGGGGACCCCGGGGAGCUGCUGGUGGAGGAGCUGCUGCUCCACGGCCACCUCUCCAUGAGCUGCGCCGUGGCCAGGGUGGCCGAUCGCCUCACCGAGACCAUGGAAGACGGGAAAACCAUGGAUUACGCCGAGGUGUCGGGCACGUUCGUGCGCCUGGCAGACACCCACUUCAUCCGGAGGUGCCCGAUGGUCCCGGAAAACCCCCGGAACGCCGCCGAGCCGCCGCCCCCCGCGCCCGCCCUGGCCAUCGCCGAGCGGGACAUGUACGUCGUGCCGCGGCUCAGCCUGGCCGGGAAAGGGAAGCGGAGACGCUCGUGCGACGACGAGGAGGAGGAGGACGGGCAGCGCAAGGCCAAGAGGCAGAAGCAGGAGGGAGGAAGCUCGGAGCCCCCUCCGGACGACGGCAUUUACUGGCAGGUGAACCUGGAGCGUUUCCACCAGCACUUCCGUGACCAGGCUCUGGUCAGCGCCGUGGGCAGCCGCAUGGACCAGACCAGCAGCGAGGUGGUGCGGACGAUGCUGCGCAUGAGCGAGGUGACCACGGCCUCGGGCGCGUCCCACACCCAGCCCCUCUCCUCCAACGAGAUAUUCCGGGCUCUUCCUGCCGGGUACAACAUCGGGAAGCAGGUCCUGGACCAGUACCUGGCACUCCUGGCUGAUGAUCCGCUGGAAUUCGUGGGGAAGUCUGGGGACAGCGGUGGGGGCACCUACACCGUCAACCUGCACAAGGCCCUGGCGUCUCUGGCCACGGCCACGCUGGAGUCCAUCGUGGAGGAGAGGUUCGGCUCCCGCUGCGCCCGGAUCUUCCGCCUGCUCCUGCGCAAGAAGCACCUGGAGCAGAAGCAGGUGGAGGAUUUUGCCAUGAUCCCGGCCAAGGAGGCCAAGGACAUGCUCUACAGGAUGCUCUCGGAGAACCUGGUGUCCCUGCAGCAGCUGGAGAGCCUCAAACACAACGUCAGCAAGAUCGACGCCAGCGAGAACCAGGUGGACGAGACCAUCUUUGUGCUGGAGUCGUUCAUCGAGAGCACCGUGAAGAGACCCUGAGGGAACGGGACAGGGACAGGGAUGGGGACAGG